AUGUUUCCUGCGGUGCAAGUUCUGCUUCUCUGGCUCGUUGGUGAUGCCUUCGCGCAACACCGCAACCAGCCGGCUCGAGCCGCACAACAAGGCUUUGACUAUCGCAACUACCUUGCUGCUGUGGCCCCUUACGCAGGAGGAUACGACGCCUACGCCUCUACCCCGGCGCAGUACAGUUUCGGCUAUGAUACUCCGGGCGAGUACACCGACCGGCAGUUCAGCACAGGGCAGGGUGGCUCGAACGUUGCAAAUUCCGGAUUGUACGGCCACCCGGGCGCCGACGGCAUGUACCGCCAGAUGAACUACGUGGGUGCCCCACAAGGUUUCCGUCCCACCGUGGGUUCCAUGGUUACCAACGAGAAGGGCCCCACCCCUGGUGUCCGCGGUAACGCGGUCUUGAGCGCUCCGCCGAUCGGGCUCCCUGUUCCGACAGGAUCUGCCCAGAAUUCUGCAGCCGCAGCCUACGGCGCGAGGGCCGCUGUACCUGACGCCGGAGACUACAGCCGUUACGGGCGGCCGGCACCGGACCCGUACGCACUCGCUGCUGCCGCUUUCGAGUACGUUCCGUACGGACGCUACGGCUACGGAUUCAACGAGGCGGCUCUCGGUGGACAGGCUUACGGCAGCUUUGCUCCCUAUGGUCCUGCCGGCUACGCUGCUGGCUACAACCCCGGUGCCGAUGCGGCAUCUACCGGGGCAUCGUUUACGCCGAGCAGCCACACCGGGUACUGGGAAUCCGAGUGA